GCGGGCUUCACGAUCAGCUUUGGAUCCUUGGCAACAUGACACUUGACAGCCGCAAAACCUUUGGACAGUAUUAAACUCGUUCACGUACAGAUCCUGCGCGUGACAGCUAGUGUUUUACUAAAUGUCUCUCAGCGGUACAAAUUCAACCUCAGCAGCAAACACGUCACAGACACGCUGCGAGAAAGCGCAGGAAAGCAGUAUGACACGAGACUCGCCUCAGAUUAAACCCGAGUGUGUAUCCGGUCGUCGCGUGCGCAGGGAGUGGUGGCUUCACGUGGGUCUGUUGUGCAUUCCUCUGGUUGCUGUCUAUCUCUACAUUCCUCCUCCACAGCUCUCACCUGCCCUAAACACCUGGCGCUCCUCCGGACACUUCUUCACCUUCAGAGGCUAUGAUGCUUUCUAUAAAGAUUCAGUCGGUGUUGUUGGAAGUUCAGAUGUUGUCCUGCUGCUUCAUGGCUUUCCUACAUCCAGCUAUGACUGGUAUAAGAUCUGGGAUUCGUUGACUCAGCGCUUUAACAGAGUCAUUGCCAUUGACUUCCUGGGAUUUGGUUUUUCAGACAAACCGAGACCGCACAUCUACUCCAUUUUUGAGCAGGCAAGUUUGGUGGAAGCCUUGGUUGCUCAGUUGGGUCUGUCAGAGCAGAGGAUCAACAUCCUGUCACAUGACUAUGGAGACACUGUAGCUCUUGAGCUGCUGUACAGGAGUGACCAGAACAGGACCGGACGCAUCAUCAUUAACAGCCUGUGCCUCUCAAAUGGAGGAAUAUUCCCGGAAACCCAUUAUCCACGAUUAAUACAGACAGUUCUGAAAAAUUCUGGCUUUAUUUCACCUGUACUUACUCGCCUCAUGAACUUCCAGCUCUUCUCUAGAGGAAUAAGUGAUGUUUUUGGACCGUACACCCAGCCAACAGAAGCAGAUUUCUGGGACAUGUGGACUGGCAUUCGCUUUAAUGAUGGAAAUCUAGUCAUGGACAGUAUCCUUCAGUACAUUAACCAGAGACUGAAACACAGAGAGAGAUGGGUGGGGGCUUUAACCUCGACCUCAACACCAUUGCACAUGAUUUAUGGACCACUAGAUCCAGUUAAUCCACACCCUCAGUUUAUCCAGCUUUACCGGAAACUUGUCCAGAGAUCCACAGUAUCGAUUCUAGAUGAGCAUAUCAGUCAUUAUCCACAGCUGGAGGAUCCUGCAGGGUUCAUAAAUGCCUACCUCAGCUUUAUCAACUCAUUCUGAUCUACUGCCUUAAUACCUGUGUAUCCAUCGUGAUGAAAAUUUUUACAUAAACACAGCAAAUGAGGAUUGUGAUCAAAAUAGUUUGGUAGACUCUGUCCAUCUUAAAUCUGGAUGAAAAUAAGCAAAUGAAUAUUUAAAUAAUCCUGUUGUGUACAUCACUCAUGUGUUUCAAUGCAUGAAACAAAUCUAAAAGUAUUGCAUCAGCUGUGAGAACGGUCAGAGUUUUCUAAAACUUAAUAAUUUAAUAGCAAUAUGCCAAAAUGCAAAAAUAAAUCAUUUUAGGUUUGAAGCUCAAAUGAUUACAUUUAAAUAAACAGAUCUUGUGUAGAUAAAACAUA